AUGGAAGUUCCACGAAACAACAUAAUGCAACAGCGUUACAAUCGGCAAAAGCACGAAAUCGAAUCGUUCGUAGUGCGCAUCUAUCGUCACAAUCUGAUUAAGGAUGGUGGCAUCGUCAAGAGGAAGCUCCGUGAGAAGCUGUUUGAGGAAAUUAAAUUGCGUCGUAUCACUCGUAUUAAAAUGGACGAGCUGGGUUGGGUGCUAAUGAGUCACGAUUUGAUCACGCGUAACGGACAGAAAGCCGAUCCCGACCCGCAGAAGGCGAGUCUGUUCGUUUUCAAUAUGGAACGGUUGCGUGAACUGCUGGAAAAGCACGAAGAAAAGCGUCACCGGGAAUUACUGACCAAGCAAAAUAAAGUGGUGGCUUCUCGGCAAGCAAAGGUUCACAAUGAAAAGGCUCUGAAAGAGUUACGUGAACUUGUCGAAGCGAAAUGCCCGCUGGCAUCGAUUCGGUACGUGAAGACGAUUGAACGCUUUUUGAAGUACAGUUUUGAACCUUCGUCACGCAAUUGUUUCGUUUGUCAGGAAAGUUUUCCUAUAUCAGAAGAUUACUGUCGUCAUUUCGAUAAGAUCCAUGGUGAAAAGUUCGAAAUCGUUGCCGCUGAGGACUGUUUUCAAACUGAGCAAAAACUGGAAAUUUUGCAACACUACGAUGCGCUGAAUCCGGUCACACUGUUCACGAUUAAGAACAACUUUCAUACGGCACUGCACGUGGAUGGUGUCUAUCUGUAUCAUACAACGAACCAGUUGAUGCCGAUCAACAGAGAUGUUUGGCCGAUCACGAUCAAUCCGGGUGAUUCGUACAAGUUUUCGAUUACGAGCGGUAUGUUCUUGGUGACCGAUCACGACUACACGAUCCUGAUACAUUUCAAUCGAAUACUGCAGUACAUUGAACAGUACUACUUUCGCGUUUUGAAAGAGCCGCUUGAGCUUCGUGUGGAAAAUGAUCCAAUUGCCCUCGGAAAGCUGGGUGAAUAUCCGCCUCCGGCGGAAUUGGUCGCAAUCUUUAAAAAUAACUUCCAAAUGGUGGAAACUUACUCCACGAAUGAACGAAAAAUGUGUGAGAAAAUUCAGUCGUAUGUGUAUGCCAGUAGAGAUGAGCGACUGAACGCAGGUAAUUACGUGCAGAUUUUGCAGCUUAUGAACAACAUUGAAGAUUACAACGUACAGUACGAGCUGUCUACAUACGACAUGAGCGAAGUAAAUCUGACGUUUGGAGGACAAAAGCGUUUCUACCAUUUACGGUUACAUCAGUUUGCGGUUGCUCCCAAAUCCCUAGUUGAAGGUGAUUAUGUUGAACUGUCCUACACGCGUCCUAACAAGUCGAUUAAGACGGUGGUAGGCGUCAUAUCGCAAAUUUGUGCUAAUAAAGUGUUAUUCGAGACGGAAGAACCGCUCAAACAUGACAUCAAAUGGCGCGUCAAGUUCAAUCCUAAUCGGACACCGAUUCGUAUGGAGUAUCAAGCCUUGGAGAUCAUUAAGCGACAGGAGCUGAGCAAAUUCUUUUUUCCUUCUAAACCAGCAAAAAAGUUUCCACAAUUCGUCAGGGAGGAAUUGAUAUGGUUCAACGACAACAUUAGUACCAACGACGAGCAGAAAUCAGCCAUAAUUAACAUCCUCAACGAAACAGCUCGACCUGCUCCGUACAUCCUGUUCGGCCCUCCGGGCACAGGAAAAACCUCAACACUGGUCGAGGCUAUUGCGCAGAUCUGGAAACUCAGGCCGAGUGUUUUUAUUCUAGUAACGGCAUCGUCUAACUUCGCGUGCAACGAACUUACGGAGCGGCUGCUACGAAUCGUUCCCAAAGAGGACAUCUUUCGUUUCUUCUCCAAGCACGCCGAGCGGCUGAUGGCUGAAAUGAGCUACGAGCUGAUCGAGUGCUCGAAUCUCAACAUGGGAUCGUACAGGUUACCGUCCAAGAAAGAGCUUUACGAGAAACGCAUUGUGGUUAGCACCCUUACGUCGGUCGGUAAAAUGGUUCAGGCAAAAAUUAAACCAAACCAUUUCGGGUACGUUUUCAUCGAUGAAUGCGGUAGUGCAACGGAGGCUUCUGCGCUGGUCCCUAUAGCCGGAGUUGUUACUUCCCAAGAGCAAAUCAACGGUUCAAUCAUCCUAUCAGGCGAUCCUUUGCAACUGGGCCCAAUCACGCGCUCAGAAUUUGCCGCCGAUAUGGGAUUAAACAUUUCAAUGCUGGAACGUUUAAUGAAAUUGACUGUCUACCAAAAAGAUCCCACAAAUAACCACUUUGAUUCCGCACUGAUUACAAAAUUGGUUAAAAACUAUCGCUCGCACGAAGCCAUUCUUCACUUCUCGAACAAAAUGUUCUACCAAAACGAGCUGAAGCCGUGCGCGGCUGCCCAGGUAACCGAAUGGGCUUUGAAUUGGUCCAUGCUUCCGUCACCGACGUUUCCUAUUAUUUUCGAAUCAACCAUGGGCAAGCUAGCAAGGGAACAGGAUUCCACUAGCUAUUUCAACCAAAAGGAGAUUGAGUUGGUGGACUUUUACUUGAGUAAAAUUAUGACACUCGGAAUAAACGGACGCAGCGUGUCGCAGAACGAUAUAGCCGUCGUUAGUCCAUACAAGAAACAGUGCAUCAAACUGAAGCAAAUGUGUCAGCGGCACGGUUGGAAUGAGAUACAGGUCGGAUCGGUGGAAGCGUUCCAAGGGCGUGAGAAGCCCGUCAUGAUAAUGACCACCGUGCGGUCCGGUACCAGCGGGGUAGGGUUUCUCAGCAACAGCAAACGGCUCAAUGUUGCGCUUACCCGUGCUAAAGCGUUGCUGGUGGUUAUCGGUAAUCCGGAAACUUUACAGCGGGACGCCAAUUGGUACGAGUUUAUUCGCUACUGCUAUCAGAAUAAUGCGAUUCGUGGCGUGAAGUUCCAGCUGGACGAGGAACGUCACGCGGUGCAGGAGAUUGUCGCCAAAGAUGACUAUUUGGUGCAGAUUCAGCGGAAGCUUGAUAUGAUCAUCAAGCAAAUGAAUGAAAUUAAAAUGUGA